AUGGACGCCGACGAAAUGCGGCGGGCGCUGACGCGCAUGCACCACGAGAUCCUGGAGCGCAACCACGGCGCCGAGGGCCUGCUGCUGGCCGGCAUCCGUACUCGCGGCGUGCCCAUCGCGGAACGGCUCGCGGGGCACAUCAACGACUCCGAAGGCGUGGCCGUGCCGGUGGGACACCUGGACAUUAACCUGUACCGCGAUGAUCUUUCCGAGCGGCCGCGGAUGCGGGUCCGCACCACCACGAUGCCGGUGGACGUUGCCGGACGCACCGUGGUGCUGGCCGACGACGUGCUCUACACGGGGCGAACCGUCCGCGCCGCCAUGGACGCGAUCAGCGACCUGGGCCGGCCUCUGCGCAUCCAGUUGGUCGCGCUGGUGGACCGGGGGCAUCGCGAACUGCCCGUCCGCGCCGACUUCGUAGGCAAGAACAUUCCCACCCGGCAGUCGGAACUGGUGCGGGUACGCCUGUUCGAGACGGAUGGUGUCGACGACGUGUGCAUCCUGGACCGGUGGGUGGACUGA